CGGGGCCGGGGCCGGGCGGCAAGCAGCGCCGCGGCGACAGCAGCCGGGGAAACGGAGAGAAGGGAGAAGGGCGACGAGGGACAGGCCGAGCCGGAGAGCCCAGAGCAGCGCCGCACGAACCCCAGCUCGACCUUCAGAGACCAGGGUGACCCGGUACUCAUUAAUGAGUGAAGGAUCUAAAGGUGGAACGGUGGCCAAGAAGCAAUGGAGAAUAAAAGUUUAGAAGGUUCCCCAUCAGACCUAAAGUUAGUGGCUCAUCCGAGAGCAAAGAGUAAAGUAUGGAAGUACUUUGGGUUUGAUACCAAUGCAGAAGGAUGCAUAUUACAGUGGAAGAAAAUCUACUGCCGUAUUUGCAUGGCACAGAUCGCCUAUUCGGGAAACACUUCCAACCUUUCAUACCACCUUGAGAAAAAUCACCCCGAUGAAUUCUGCGAGUUUGUGAAAAGUAACACUGAGCAGAUGAGGGAAGCCUUUGCUACAGCCUUUUCAAAAAUCAAGCCAGAAUCAUCACAGCAAGUUGUUCAAGAUAAUCUCAUUAUGAAGACUUACCAAAAUUAUGAAAACAAAAAGCAUCAAGAACUGACAACUGCGGUCAUCAGCUUAAUCUGUGAGGGCAUGUAUCCUGCCUCUAUUGUUGAUGAACCCACAUUCAAGGCCCUCUUGAGAACAGCUGAUCCCAGGUAUGAACUUCCAAGCCGGAAGUAUUUCUGUACAAAAGCUAUUCCUGAAAAAUACAAUGCUAUUAGAGAAAUUGUAUUAAAAGAGCUCACUGAAGUUCUGUGGUGUGGCAUAUCCACAGACAUGUGGAGGAGUGAAAACCAGAACAGGUCGUAUGUAACAGUCGCGGUUCAUUUUCUCAGCAGUAGUUCUUCUAACUGCCUGGCUGUUAACUCACGGUGUUUAAAAACGUUUGAAGUACCAGAGGAUAAUACUGCAGAGACUAUUACACGAGUUCUUUAUGAAACCUUCAUUGAAUGGGGUAUCAAUACAAAAGUCUUUGGUGCUACAACAGAUUAUGGUAAAGACAUUGUGAAAGCUUGCUCUCUCCUAGAUAUUCCAGUGCAGAUGCCUUGUUUGGGGCACACUUUUAAUGCAGGAAUACAACAAGCUUUUCAGCUCCCCAAACUGUGCAGCCUUCUUGCCAGGUGCCGAAAACUGGUGGAGUAUUUUCAGCAGUCUACAGUAGCAAUGUAUAUGCUGAGCGAGAAGCAGAAGCAGCAAAAUAUUCUCCACUGUAUGCUUGUAAGCGAUCGUGUUGCCUGGUGGGGAAGCACGCUUGCUAUGUUGCAGCGUCUUAAGGAGCAGCAGUUUGUCAUUGCAGCGGUUCUUGUGGAGGACAGCAAUAACCACCACCUCAUGCUGGAAGCCUGUGAGUGGAAUACAAUCGAAGGCCUGGUGGAGCUGUUGCAACCUUUCAAGCAGGUUGCAGAGAUGCUGUCUGCCUCCAAGUAUCCAACGAUAAGUAUGGUGAAGCCGCUUCUUCACAUGCUUCUCAACACUACCUUGAACAUCAAAGAGAAUGAUUUGAAAGAGAUCAGCAUGGCAAAGGAGGUAAUAGCGAAAGAGCUGUCCACCACCUACCAGCACACCCCUGAAAUAGACAUGUUUCUCAAUGUUGCAACUUUCCUGGAUCCUCGGUACAAAAAACUACCUUUUCUUUCAGCAUUUGAGCGACAGCAGGUUGAAAACAGAGUAGUGGAAGAAGCAAAAAGCCUUUUGGAGAAAGUAAAAGAAAACACCUUUAGAACUGAAGAAAAGUUCUUUGCAGUUUCAGAAGAGCCCCCUGUGAAAAAAAUAAUAAUCUCCUCAACUCCUCCUCCUACUAGUGUAAUCAACAACAUGCUUGCAGAGAUCUUUUGUCAGACGGGAGGUGUAGAAGACCAGGAGGAAUGGCAUGCUCAGAUUGUUGAGGAAUUGAGUAACUUUAAGUCACAAAAGGUUCUUGGUUUGAAUGAAGAUCCACUAAAGUGGUGGUCUGAUAGAUUAGCACUGUUUCCGGUUUUACCAAAGGUUCUUCAGAAAUACUGGUGUAUUCUGGCCACAAGGGUCUUUCCCGAACGCCUUUUUGGUUCUUCUGCUAAUGUUGUAAGUGCUAAGAGAAACCGGUUAGCCCCAGCUCAUGUGGAUGAGCAGAUCUUUUUGUAUGAAAACACUCGGAAUGGGUCUGAGGCAGAACCAGAAGAUGAAGAUGAAGGGGAGUGGGGUUUGGAACAGGAACAGAUAUUUAAUUUAAAUGACUCAGUAAAUGUAAACAACAAUUUCUUUAACAUCCGUGACAGUGGGUUUGUUUAGCAGGACUAUCGCGGUACAUUUAAUAACAAAAAAAAAAAGAUAUUUGUCUUAAGUUACCAAAAAUACUUCUGUUUGAUGCUAUGGAUGCUGUAAAUAUUGAACAGUUGUAACAAACUUGAUUUAGCUUCCAUUGUCUAUGUUUUUCCCACUGUCUUAAAACAUGAAUGACUUGUGAUUAAACAGCACUGAAAUGAAUGAGGAAAUAAAUUCUACAAAGACCGUGAUUUCUGACUGUGGCCCAGAUUUCAGAAAGCACUUAUCCAUGUGCUUCAUUUCCACUUACUUCAAUGGGACAUAAACACGUGCUUAUGUGCUUUCUAUAAUAAAAAUAUUUUCCUGAAUUAAGACCCUAAGUAAGGGAGUUUUUAAUAUUCAUGCCUUCACAUUUAAAUCCUGUGUGGCUUAGGAUGUUAGCUUUAAAUUUUGGACUUUAAGACAUUAUUUUUAAAAUCCAUAGAUCAGAGCAGCAAAGAUUUUUAGAGUGUAUCAAUGCUAUAGAAUAGAUAAAAAGAUAUUGAACCUAAUUUUCUUUUUCACUACCUCAUAUCUUAGGCCUGGUCUGUGCUAGAAAAAAUCAACUGGUGUAACUGUAAUUUAGGGGAGUGACAUAUUAUCAUUUUAACUGAUACUGUUAUGCUGGCAUAUGCUGUAAUGUGGAUGCACUUAUACUGAGAUAAUUUAUUUUCUUUCCAGCAUGGUGUAAAUGGUAUGAACAUUUUAAAACUGGUAUUACUGCAUCCACAUCAGUCAGAUUUUACCAUUUAACUACCAACUAAGUGGCAAAGCCUUUUUUUGUGUAGGCAAGCCCUGGUCGUAGUCUCUUAUGCUUUUACAAAGUGAUUAUGAAGUACACUGGAUCAAGGCAGUGCUGUGUUACAUUCAGUUUGUACAAGUGUUACAGAUAAUUCCAUGAGGUGGAAGGCAGCAAAGAAAUCAGGCCCCUUAAGAAUGGAAGAAUAGAAAGAAGGCUUGGAAAACUUGUAAGAGCCAAGGCUCUAUUAAUGUGUAUAUUUUAUAAAGUAUUUACCUUUUAAUUUAAAUGGGGACUUUGCCCAGGGUAGCUAGGAAAUUUUGUUAGCAAGAAAAGUAAGAUAAAUAGCUUUAAUAUUAUGUAAAUAUAUUUAAAUGAGGGAGCCCCUCUAUUUCCCUACAUGUAUUUAGUGACUCUUUAAAUUUGUUUCUUAUUAUAUUAGCACUUAAACUUCUUUUCUCCUGUCUCUCUUUGGAUUCAGUUUGUAGAGUGGACUUUAGUCUGAUCCAGUCAAAUGUUAGAGUACUGUUUCCAAUUAGUUGUUACUUACUGUAGUUGCUCCCUUUGUUUCUGUAUGCUUAAAUGUUUUAAGCUGUUUUGAGAACUUAGAAAAAUAAAAUAAUAAAACAAACCUCUUACGAAGUACGGCAGGUUGUGAACAAGAUUAUAGUUCACGCUUGGCACAGAGUGGGAUAACAGCCAGCAUUUUUAUAUGAGGUAUGGAGAGGGACUUCUCACAUUGUCCAGUUAUGGUCAAGGUUUUAUUGUGAUUUAAUAUUUGUUAUUUGUGUCUACUCCCCUCAAAAAUCUCCUAUCUUGGGCUGUUUGGAGAGGGUAGUUCUCCUUGAAUUAAAUGCCAGCAUUUCCUGUUUAUAAAGGCCUACAAAAAUGUAAAUGAGAAAACUUUUGAAAUUCUAUGCCUUGUUGCAAAGAACUGACUUAAAUUUACUCUCCUAUGGCAGUCUCAGUUAUUUUUUUUUUUUUGUUAAACACCAAGUCUUAGGUGUCCUGGUAAUGGCUGGCAGCAUGGAAGCCUAAGAGUGAUUCUGCAGAUUCACAUUAAGUAUCUAUGAUUAUGUUAAGCACAACACUUUCGGAGAGAGAUCUAUUGGAGACUGGUCAUUAUUAUUUUAUGAGAGAAAAUUUAAAGUUUAUCAUCAUCUGGUCUCCUCAGAUGUUUGGUUAUAGAAAGGGCUUAGCCAGAAGGAAACUUCAAAAAUAAGAAUUAUAAUGGAAUUUAAUAUAUUACCAAACUACUUGUUUGUACUUUGCUUUAAUAGUUAUUACAAGUUUGAAGCCUCUUUAUUUUCUUUUGACAGUGCAUGUGGGAAGGAGAGGAGGGAGAGAAGGAUGAAUUUUAAAAUAAAGGAGCAAUGAAGUAAAUAGUAGUGAACUACCUGGCAAGUUUAAGCCCCGGAAAAAUGAAUUUUAACAGCUGAUGUGACACAGAUUUGGCUGUCAGUAAGCUUAAAUUUUCAUUGUCUAGCGCUCUGAAAAUUCAUUUGCAUUUGUAUAAAGUACCUACAUAGUGCGUCAUUUUGAAUGUUACUACUCUGUGUGCGCACUGAAGAGGUGUCUGUGAUUACCCACGAUGCAGAACAGAGGCCGGGCCUGAACAACAGAGGGAAGCGUAGGCUGUCUGUGAGGGUAGCACAGUCAAGCAAGGGGAGAGAGCAAGACAUAGCAGGUGCCUUUUUAUGCUAUGUGACUUCCUGUUACACCCCUUUUUGUUUUGUAUGUCCAUUGAAUGCCAGCUGGUGUCAGUUGUGUCUGUUUUCACCACCGCUGCCUGCUACUGCUGAUGUUGGCCUUCAAGGAGCUGCACAAGUGCUAGGACAAGACAUACGGAUCUUCUCUUACACUAGUGUAACUUAAAAUUGAAAUCAAGGUAGAGAAUACCAGAUUCAGCAGAGUGUCAAUCUCCCAAUCUGAAUUCAGCUCACCUAUAUUGACAGCAUCCAAGUCCUGUUUCCAUCUGCAUCUUCUUAGGGCUAGAAGUACACAGUUCAGCUUAUGGCUUGCCCCUUAAGCAGUUUUACUGAGACCAGGGCAGUGCACUAUUCUUUUCCUUCUGGCUUCUUUUUACUUUUUGGUAUCCAAAAUAAAACUGUAGUUGGUUCAAUUGAUAUGUCUCAGCAUUCUUUUAAAAAAAGAAAAAAGAACAAAGCCAUUGUUAGUCCUACCCAUUGUCUGUGAGAUUUUUAUUUAAUGUUCUAAGCUUGGAAUAUUGUUAAAUAAAACAGAAAAAUAAGUUAGUUACUAGAUUAUUUGUCUGAUGUGUGUUCAUAUCUACAGCACUUUAUGACUUUGAACUCUUCUGCAACAAGGGGAGGUUAUAUUCUAAGGUUUUGAAGCUAUGCAUUUAUUUUCCUUUUGAUGCUGUAAGUUAUUUAAAAAAAUAU